AUGACUACAAAGAAAACAGUUCCUCUUAGUCAAAUUGUUGAUUAUGCAACUAACGAAGUUAAUCCUUCUCCUAAUAUUAAAUCAUUUUCUACAUUAGCAAAAAUUGUUCGAACAUUACCAGAUGCUAAAAUAGCAAUAAGAAUCCAAUUAACUAAUAAAAUUAAGUCUUAUUGUAAUGGAUUCCUACCUAAAAAAGAAAUGUAUUAUUGUCUUUGUUUAGCUGAUUUUUUGGUUAAACAAUGUCCUGAAUUUCGACCUCAAAUGAUGAACUCAGACUUUAUAGUAUUAUUUGAAAGAGCUUCUGAAAUUUCAAAAGUAAGAAAAACUUCCAAGAAACCUUCUCUUGUUACAGAAAAAUCUAUGAAAAUUGUUCAGAGUUGGGGUCAAAUGUUCCCAGAUGAUUUGUAUGAAUAUUCUCAAAUGUAUGAUAAAUAUAUCAGUAAAGGAGUAUUAUUUCCUCUUCUUGAUUUUGAUGAUCCAGAAGAUGUCGCUGCUAUAGAAACAUUAACUACUAACAAAGUUGUUGAAGAAACUAUUGAAGAAAAAAUGAAACGUUCUGCAGCAGAAAUUAAUGAAUGUAGUGAACUUAUUCAUGAAACAUUAAAAAAAGUUACUAAUGUAUCACUUCAAGCUCAUUCUAUUAAUGCAUUAUAUAAAAGAGCUAUAGAAAUUAAUAGUAAGUUUAAUAUUCUUUUUGUAGAAUUUAUGCAAAAAUCAACUGAUACAAGUUUAUUACAGAAAUAUUCAGAAAUAGAAAAUGUAUUUACUUCAAAUAUUGCUAAACUCAUUUCAUUUAUUAAUAAUCCUCAACAAUCUUUGAUUUAUCGUACAUUCACUACUGGGCAUCUUGAUGAAGAAGAUGAUGAUAAUACAACCCUUAAAAAUUCUGUUAAUGCUCAAAGAAAAAAAAGAAUUAUCUUAUCUCCAGCUAAUUCAAAUACUAUUUCUGAUACUGACAGAACUCCAAAAGAAUCUUCUCAUUCUACAAGAAGAGGAUCAAACCAAUUGUUACCACCUCCAUCUUCUACAGGAAUUCCUAUAAGACAAACACCUCAAUCAGUUAUUCAAAUUCAUCAAAAUAAAACUGAUACAGAACCUACAGAACAUGUAAUAGUUCAUAGAAUUGGUAAAUUAAAGAAACGAUCCUUUACUCAAACAGAAUUCAAUCAUGAUUAUAAUGAAUUAAAAGAUUAA